CCAUGUCUCAAGCACUCCACAGACUGCUGCGAGCUCGCACUCAAAAACAUCACCUCAGUCACUGGCUGCUCACAAGGGAGCUCCUCCCUCCUCGCUUUAAUUAAAAAUCAUGGUGGGGGAAUCUUUGGGGGGUGGUGGAGUUGGUGGCCUGCUCGUUGUGUAAACUCCCAAAGUAAAAAGGGAAACCGAGGAAGCGGGCAAAAAAGAUCAGCCGCAUGAAGCUUGGCGUCGCCUGGGUGAGGCAGGAUUCGAGCGCCGCCGGAGGAUGAGAGACGGCUCCAACGAUGGGCAACUGCGGAACCAGGGAGGAGAACGCCGUCGUCGCCGCUCACGCGCAAGUUCAACAACUCCAAAUGUUCCAAGUACCUGUUAAGAAUGCUCUUACAGAGAAAAAACAUACUCGUACCUUCUCAGAUGUUAGUGACCCCUCGACUCCCCGACACUUUGAGGAUUCUAGAAAUAUUGCAAUAUACACCGAUGUGAUUGCGUUUACGUUGUUUGAGCUUGAGACGAUUACUAAAAGUUUCCGUGCGGAUUAUGUGCUUGGUGAAGGAGGGUUUGGUACCGUGUACAAGGGUUAUAUAGAUGAAAAUGUGAGAGUUGGUCUCAAAUCACUUCCAGUUGCUGUAAAGGUUCUCAACAAGGAUGGUCAUCAGGGACAUAGGGAAUGGCUUACAGAGGUUAAUUUUCUUGGACAACUGAGGCAUCCUAAUCUAGUGAAGUUGAUUGGCUACUGCUGUGAAGAUGAUCAUAGGUUGCUUGUAUACGAGUUCAUGUUCCGUGGAAGCCUUGAGAAUCACUUGUUUCGGAAGACAGCUGCACCACUAUCUUGGGCGACAAGAAUGUCAAUCGCAUUUGGCGCUGCUAAAGGACUAGCUUUCCUUCACAAUGCUGAAAAACCUGUUAUCUACCGAGAUUUUAAGACCUCAAAUAUUUUAUUGGACUCUGAUUACACAGCCAAGCUCUCAGAUUUCGGUCUUGCAAAAGCUGGACCUGAGGGCGAUGAGACCCAUGUAUCAACGAGGGUGAUGGGAACCUAUGGCUAUGCGGCCCCAGAAUAUGUGAUGACAGGACACUUGACGGCCAGGAGUGAUGUUUAUAGCUUUGGAGUUGUUCUUCUUGAGCUCUUGACAGGCCGUCGAUCUGUGGACAAGGCUCGUCCAUCUAAGGAGCAGAGCUUGGUUGAUUGGGCUCGCCCUAAACUCAACAACAAGCGAAAGCUGUUGCAAAUAAUCGACCCCAAGCUGGAAGAUCAGUAUUCAGUGAGAGCUGCCCAGAAGGCUUGCAGCUUGGCAUACUACUGUUUGAGCCACAACCCAAAAGCAAGGCCUCUUAUGAGUGAUGUCGUGGAGACACUUGAGCCUUUACAGUCGAGCAAUGGAAACGAGGUCUCAUUGAGCGGGUUUGCACAGAACAGGAUGCAUCAUCCGCUCGCACAGAAUGUCGUCAGCUGUAGACCAAGCCCGCGUGCAAAAUGUUCAAGUGCUCUUCCAGCCUGCAGAGUCAAAUGAUCUACCAAUCCAUGCUUGAUGCCGUGCGGUUCGAAGCGGAGGGUUUGUACAUUGCCUAUCUUUGUUGCACUUGUUUGGGUUUUGUCUCUUCCACUAUGUUAUAAUGUAAAGUUUAUCUCGUUGCGUCUGAUGUUUGCGAGAUCCCCGUAUUUCUGAUCAGUGUUUGUGUAGUUUAACAUGAGGCGAACCUAGCCAAAUGGGCUAGGUUUUGUUGAAACAAAAGCUAGUUGGAUCAUGCAUUUCGAAUUAUGAUUCUGUAGUAGCUUUAGUCAUGGGAAUUAUUUGCUCGGGUGCUCGUUGCUAGUUCUUCCUGUUGAAAGCAACUAUUAGGAAGCUAAAAACUCUUGAGUGUUUGUAUUUGACAAAAUUGCGUCGAACAUUAUCUUCUAUAGUAGGCUGGUCUUCAACUUCUUGGUACAAA